GCGGUGAAGAUGGAGGGGAACGGUGGUAAUGGCGCUACCGGAGCAGCUCUGUUACAGUCAGUAAAUAAUAAACACAGAGCAGGAAUGGUGCCGGCCAAAUCAAAAACCGAAUUCACCCGCAACCAGAGAAAAGAUUCCGAGGGAGUGUGUGAAGCUCCUGAUUUGGAGUUUGAUUACUCUGAUGCUGAUAAAUGGGCUGCUGAACUCUCAGAGUUGUACAGUUACACGGAGGAACCAGAGUUUCAGCUGAACAGGAAAUGCUUUGAGGAGGAUUUACACUCCCACAUGUGUGAAAAGCGAUGGGUGGACCUCAGUAGGGCGGAGCAUCAGGCUCAAGCUCUGCGUUUACUGGACGGUCUGGAUGUGACCUGCAGAGUGAAACGGUUGAAGGUUGCCAGGGCUCUGCUCUACAUGGCACAAGGAACGUUUGCAGAGUGUAGCUCGGAGGUUGAGCUGCAGUAUUGGAUGAGGUAUAACGUAUUUCUGCUGUUGGAGGCUGGAACCUUCUCGGCUCUGGUGGAACUGCUCAACAUGGAGAUCGAAAACAGUGCAGCCUGCAGCAGUGCAGUGAGAAAACCUGCCAUCUCCCUCGCUGACAGCACAGACCUCAGGGUGCUGUUGAACAUCAUGUAUCUGAUGGUGGAGACAAUUCGGUAUGAAGAUCCUGCAGAUCAUCCUGAUUGGAGAGCAUCCAGAGAUACUUUCAAAACAGAAUUAGGAUCACCCAUAUAUAAUGGUGAGCCUGUAUCUGUGAUGCUCUUCACCAUGGUAACCAAGUUCUGCAGUGGCCAUGCCCCCCACUUUCCAAUGAAGAAAGUAUUGCUGCUGCUCUGGAAAACCAUUCUGUUGACCCUCGGAGGCUUUGAGCAGCUGCAGAGUUUAAAGGUGUGUAAGAGGGUGGAGCUUGGUCUGCCUCGCCUUCCUGAAGACAGUAUCAGAGUGAUGAAGAGCAUGAGGGCUUCAUCUCCACCCACCUCUGCCUGUGACAUCAUCGACCAACAACAGAGACGCACACGCAGAGAACACAAGGCAUUAAUUAAGCAGGAGAACCUCGAUGCGUUUAAUGAAAAGGACCCGUAUAAGGCUGAUGACGGGCGGGAGGAAGAGGAGGAGAGUGAUGAUAAUGAAAACCCUCUAGAGGCUGAGCCGUUUCCUCUAGAGCGGGAUGAUGUCAUAGCUCCACCCAUUCCCCACCCUUCCACCGACAGAGUGUCUUUCCCCAAAGGCCUCCCAUGGGCUCCUAAAGUCCGAGAGAAGGAUAUAGAGAACUUUCUUGAAUGCAGCAGGAGUAAAUUCAUUGGCUACACUCUGGGAAAUGAUACAGAUACAGUGGUGGGGUUACCAAGGCCAAUCCAUGAGAGCAUUAAAACCCUCAAACAGCACAAGUACGUGUCUAUUGCAGAGGUUCAGAUCGCCAAGGAGGAGGAGUACCAAAAAACUCCAUUGUCUGGGGGCGAGGAGCAGAUAGAUGUGUGCGCUACUGAGCUGCUGUAUCAGGGAAUAUUACCCAGCCUGCCUCAGUACAUGAUUGCUCUCUUAAAGAUCCUGCUUGCUGCUGCUCCUACAUCGAAAGCCAAAACAGAUUCCAUCAACAUCCUGGCUGAUGUUCUACCAGAGGAGAUGCCUACUACAGUAUUACAGAGUAUGAAGCUGGGUGUGGAUGUAAAUCGCCAUAAAGAGAUCAUCGUUAAAUCCAUUUCAGCUGUACUACUGCUACUGCUCAAACACUUCAAACUCAACCAUGUCUACCAGUUUGAGUACAUGGCACAGCAUCUGGUGUUUGCUAACUGCAUCCCACUGAUCCUCAAGUUCUUUAAUCAGAACAUCAUGUCCUACAUAACUGCUAAAAACAGUAUAUCAGUGCUGGAUUUUCCCUACUGUGUUCUUCAUGACCUGCCUGAAUUGACAGCAGAGAGUCUGGAAGCAGGAGAUAAUAAUCAGUUCUGUUGGAGAAAUUUAUUUUCCUGUAUUAAUCUCCUCCGGAUUCUCAACAAACUCACCAAGUGGAAACACUCCAGAACUAUGAUGUUAGUAGUCUUUAAAUCUGCUCCAAUCCUGAAGAGGGCGCUAAAGGUGAAGCAGGCGAUGUUGCAGCUGUAUGUAUUGAAGCUGCUGAAAGUGCAGACAAAGUAUCUUGGACGUCAGUGGAGGAAGAGCAACAUGAAAACCAUGUCGGCCAUUUACCAAAAAGUUCGCCAUCGCCUCAAUGACGACUGGGCUUAUGGUAACGCAGAUUUGGACGCUCGCCCGUGGGAUUUCCAGGCGGAAGAGUGUGCUCUAAGGGCAAGUAUUGAGAAGUUUAAUGCUCGCAGGUAUGAUGCAGCUCAGCGGAACCCGGACCUGGUUCCUGUAGAUAACUGCCUUCAGAGCGUAUUGGGUCAGAACGUUCCUCUGCCUGAUGACUUUCACACUACUUACGACUUGUGGCUUGAGCGUGAGGUCUUCUCCAAACCCAUCUGCUGGGAGGAGCUGCUUCACUGACACAGCAAGAGGGGCGUAGCUUCUACACCAGUGCAAUAUCUUUGGUGUUUAUAUUACACUUAUUAUUAUCAUCAUUAUAUGCUCAACCUUGUCUUUAACCUCUUCUACCCGUUAAUCCUGUAAUUAUUUAGAUCAGGGGUCUUCACUCUUUCACAAAAAGACCCACUGUGGCUGCAGGAUUGAUUCUGGCCAAAUAGGAGCUAAAUCUGAUCUUCUUGGUUUAAUCGACUACUUUAGGUUUUCAAAAAAACUUAACCCAACACCAACAUCAACUGAAUGAACCAGUGCAGUCAGGUGCAGCUGUUCUUUGGCUCUUUGUGGAGAAGAUUAAAGACCUUAGAUUUGGGGUGUGUGUUCUGUUGUGUGUGUUUGCUGGGUUAAUUUUGCUCUGAAUACUCCUGAUUCAGCUCAUGGAGGGUUUGAUAAUUAACUCCUUUAAAUCUGGAGUGUUGUGGAGCAAGAAGAACCUGAAGCUCUGCAGGACAGAGUAACUUCAUGACUGGAGCUGAGAAACCCUGUUCGACUGAGUCCACAUUAACAGAUUAAUAUAAAUUUAGAGAGGUUUUCAAAAAGUCACCCACUGUAACACUUGAACCCUUUCUGAGCCAUACCACCUACCAUGACAGCAGCUUGAUGCCCCAGUCAUGUAAAGUCAUGUCAAAUCCCAAAUGAUUUCAAACUAAAGAUCUGUUUACUGUUACUGUGGACUAUUUAAAAAAAAAAAAGUGUAUAUACAAGGACUUGGUUAGUAUCGAUUAAUAAACAAAUUGAUGUGAGAUGUUGA